AUGGAAUUGACUAGUGCAGAGUAUCAGUAUGACCCUGAUAAAUUCGAGGUGACGGAGCAAAUGCUAGCGGAUUAUAACAAGCAUGGAUAUAUUAUGAUUCGCGGAUUCCUUGACAGUGAAGAAAUGAGCAAAGUGAAGAAAGUAUUGGAAGAUUCUGAAAUGAGAAGCAAAUAUGGAUACGGGUUACCCGACGGAACUGGAAAAGAACCCAAAUUUGUAAUUUGGGGGCAUCCCGGAAAUGACGUCACUGGAAUGGUUGCUAGAAGUGAGAAAGUCGUAAAUACCAGUGAAAAGGUGAGAGGAGGAGAGAUUUACCACUAUCAUGCCAAGUUUGUACAAAAGGACGCACGUACUGGGGGAGGUUUAUUAUGGCAUCAGGACUACGGGUAUUGGUACCAGAACAGCAUUUUAUUUCCUGACCUGUUGACGGCCUUUAUUGCUGUGGACAAGUGUGACAAGGCUAAUGGUUGCCUACAGAUCCUGCGAGGUUCCCACAAAUGUGGUCGUAUCGAUCACUUACCUCAGGGAGGACAACACCAAGCCGACCUAGACAGAGUUAAAGACAUCAAGCGAAUCUGUCCCUUGGAAUAUGUAGAAAUGAACCCGGGUGACGCAAUAUUCUUCAGCUGUAAUUUGCUCCACACCAGCGACGUUAACAAUAGUGAUACCCGCCGUUGGGUACUCUUGUUUUCGUACAACCUCAAGUCCAACGACGCAUUGUACCCUCAUCAUCAUCCACAGUACACGCCGCUGGAAAAGGUACCAAACUCGGCAAUUAAAGAGUGCACCAACUACUUCGACUUGUCUGGUAAAGAAUUUCUGGAUCCCGAUAUCGAUAAAACCGUCAAGGCUCACAAACCAGAAUAUUAA